AUAUGUUUGAUUUCUGGGUAAUACUGGUAUUACUAGGGUAUAACUAUGUGUUUGAAUUCUGGGUGAAACUGGUAUUACUGGGGUACAACUAUGUGUAUAUUUUCAGGGUAAUACUGGUAAUACUCGUAAUACUAUUCGCAGAAUAAUGAUAUAUGGAUGAAUGUCUGUUCUGUUGCAGGAGAUCGAUGAGGAAACAAUAGCAAUACCACCGCUAAGUAUGUAUUUCCCGCCUUCAGAAUAUGUGAAGAAAAUCAAGCUAUCAACUCGGUGCUAUAUUCACGAAGUGUUGACUACAUUCGAUGAGUUGGAGCCUCCGAUGAGCAAGUCUGAGAGGGCAUUUUUUGAGAAUCAUCCGAGUUUUCAACACGUCUUCCACAUGCCAAGAGACCCAAACCACCGACUUAUGGGGAUGUGGAUGCUCCUUCUUAGCACGGCGCGAAUUGAUAGGAAGAAAGAGGUGUGGUUCGUCGUCAAUGGCGUUCCAAUCCGAUAUGGUAUAUCGGAACAUGCAUUGAUAUCGGGCUUCAAUUGCAAGAAUUAUGCGCUUGAUUAUAAAAAUGUGGGAAGUAUGGAGUUCAAGAGGAAGCAUUUCAAGAAUGUUCCUGUGAAACGCGAAGACGUGAGAAAGAAGCUCAUAGAAAUGGUGCCGAAGGGUGAAAGAUCAAAAGAUAGGUUGAGGAUGAUGGUGCUCUAUUUCCUAACCAGCAUUAUUGUGGCGCCUAUCAAGACCGGGGAAAAGGCACCUCAAGUGGAUGAAUUUUGUUUAAAGGUUGUGAAUGAUCUUACGUUUUGUAGGAAUUUUCAGUGGGGGAGGUAUUCUUUCGAGUACAUGUUAGAUACCAUCUCACACACGAUGAAUCAUUUCAAUGGUGUUGUCACCGAUAACGAGAAGUACAUAUGGCCGGUUCCGGGUUUUUGUCUUCCGAUAGAGCUUCUUGCAUUCGAGGCAAUCCCACUGUUGAGGGAGAAAUUCAUUGAGGACAUUGCAGGAGCAGAUGAGAGAUGUCCUAGGAUGUGCAAGGGAAAAUCACUUACCUGGACGGGAUCAACUCGCGAUCAAGAAGACGAGUGGCCUAGGCUAGUGACUUCCAUUGCACAUACUGGAAGGGUGCUAUGCUUAAGGUCUUCCCUUGAGGAAGAGCCUACGUCAUUAUUUGUGGCAGAGGGGGUUUGCGUUCGCGCAGCCCCUACCAUUUGCUUAAGUCUAAGAAUGUUGUUUAAUAUGACUAACAAUAAUCUUUCUGAAACUGACUCUCAUUACUGA